AAUGUUAACUAUUUCUGAUCAUUCGUCCGGUCCCGCCAAAUCUUUGUUAGUUAUAAUAAAAUAACGACAACGCACACACAGGGAGUGUUUCUCAAAUAUUCUCAUAUAUUGUUUUAUAAUUUCUAGUUAAGUUUAACGUUUUUAAAUCUGAAAAUGGUCGCAAAAGGAAAGAUGUUCGUUCUCAAACGGAAUGGGCGCAAAGAAGAGGUCCAUUUCGACAAAAUAACCUCGAGAAUCCAGAAGCUCUGCUAUGGUCUCGACAUGGAUUAUGUCGAUCCUCCGGCAAUUACCUUUCGGGUGAUAAACGGUCUUUAUUCUGGGGUGAGCACGGUCGAGCUGGACAAUCUCGCGGCGGAAACGGCUGCAACGUUGACGACCAAACACCCCGAUUACGCAAUUUUGGCGGCCAGAAUAGCCGUUUCAAAUCUUCAUAAGGAAACCAAAAAGGCUUUUAGCGAGGUGAUAUACGAUUUGCGGCACAUGGUGGAUCAGCAGUCGAAGAAGGAGAUUCCGAUGAUUAAUGAGACGUGCUACAAUAUAAUUCAGAAGCACGCGGACCGACUGAAUUCGGCGAUAAUCUACGACCGGGACUUCAGUUACAAUUAUUUCGGAUUCAAGACGCUGGAGCGAAGUUAUCUGCUCAAGAUCAAUGGGAAGGUGGUGGAGAGGCCCCAGCAGAUGCUGAUGCGAGUCGCGGUCGCCGUACAUCGCGAGGACAUCGACAAAGUCAUCGAGACCUACAAUUAUCUCUCCGAGAGGUACUUCACCCACGCAUCCCCAACCCUCUUCUCCGCCUGCACCAUGAGGGAACAGAUGUCGAGUUGCUUUUUGCUGACGAUGACGGAGGACAGCAUCGAGGGAAUUUACGACACGCUGAAGAGAUGUGCGUUGAUCAGUAAAUCGGCGGGGGGAAUUGGCGUCAAUAUCCACUGCAUCCGAGCGAAAGGGACCCGCAUAGCGGGGACUUUCGGCGAGUCGAACGGCCUCGUUCCGAUGGUCCGCGUUUACAACACCACUGCUCGAUACGUCGACCAAGGCGGCAACAAGCGACCCGGGGCUUUCGCCCUCUAUCUCGAGCCCUGGCAUGCCGACGUCUUUGAGUUUCUCGAUCUCAAGAAAAACACCGAAUUGGUGUAUAAAAAAAUACUGCUGCAGAUUGCAAAUUGCAGAUUGUAG